AUGAGAGUCAUCAGCUACUCUAAAUUCCGAGAUAAGAUUCCGAUCUUAAUUUCUAGACUUUCGCGUUCUUUAUGGUGCACGAUGCACCAAGAUGAAUCUUCAUGGCAUGCUGUUGAAGAUGGAGACAAAACUCUUAGCGAAGGCAACGCGAGAACAACGAAGAUAUUUUCAAGUGUAUAA